CCGCACUCUGAUCCUGGGACCAUCCCGACCGCAAGGCUGACGAGGCGGCCCACGUCUGAACUGCAAUCUAGACUCAAGGAGACACAAAAAAAAACAUGGCUGCACUGCCCGUGGGACCACUGGCAGCUAUUGUGCUUGCAGUCCUUGCAUGGAGACUCGUUUUGACGCUUCGGCAGUACUUGCGGCUGCGGCACAUCCCUGGGCCGCCAAGCGCUGGCAUCUCCCAGUGGUGGCUGAUACGGGCCGUGGGUGGCGGUCGGACGCAUCUCGACCUGUACGAGGCGUGUCAGAAGUACGGGCCCGUGGUCCGUGUCGGUCCCAACUAUUUGGUCACGAGCGACCCUGAUCUUAUGAAACGGAUUCUCAAUGUGCGGACGCCGUACAAGAGGUCAGACUGGUACGACGGCAUGCGCCUGGACCCGUCCAAGGACAAUGUCCUCUCCCAGCGCAAUGACGACAAACACAGCAGGUUGCGGUCGAUGAUGGCUGCAGGUUACUCGGGGAAGGAGAUUGACCAGCUCGAAUCAAAGAUUGACAAUAACAUUUUGGCGUUUCUGGACCUCAUCGAAACAAAAUAUGUGUCUGCGAACCGGCCGUUUGACUUUGCACGAAAAGCGCAAUACUUGACGCUCGACGUCAUUUCGGACCUGGCGUUUGGCGAACCGUUUGGCGACGUGGCGACAGACUCGGACGUGCAUGAGUACAUCUCGACCAUGGAGACCAACAUGCCCAACAUCAUAGUGACGACGGUGAUGCCAUGGCUCAUGGUCGUGCUAUCGUCGCCAAUUUGCCGCUGGAUGCUGCCUUCGGAAAAGGACGUCAUAGGUCUCGGCCGCACAAUGGCCAUCGCCAAGCAGGUCGCAGCUGAGCGGUUCGGCCCAGACAAGAAGGUGCAGCGUGACAUGUUGGGCUCCUUUGUUGCACGGGGGCUCACGCAGCCCGAGGCCGAGUCCGAGAUUCUCAUGCAGAUCCUGGCGGGUUCCGACACGACGGCGACGGCAAUUCGGGCGACAAUGCUGCACGUCAUUUGCAACGCGCGGGUAGGCGAGAUUCUCCGAAACGAGAUCAAAGAAGCCAAUCCGACGUGGCCCGUCAUCACGGAUGGCGAGGCGAGGCGCAUGCCAUAUCUCCAGGCGGUAAUCAAGGAGGGACUUCGCAUAUUCCCACCCGUUGCCGGUCUCAUGGCCAAGGAGGUUCCCCAAGGCGGUGACACCUUUAAGGGUACGUUUUUCCCCGAGGGGACGCGAAUCGGAUAUUGUGCAUGGGGCGUCGUGCGUUGGCCCGAAGUCUGGGGCAGCGACGCCCACGAGUUCCGUCCGGAGCGAUGGCUCGAGGCGUCCCCGGAGAAGCUGAGAGAGAUGGAGGGCACAGCGGAGCUGGUGUUUGGGUACGGGCGAUGGCAGUGCCUGGGACGAAAUGUGGCCCUCAUGGAGCUCAACAAGGUGUUUGUCGAGCUCUUGAGACGGUACGAUCUGUGUCUUGUCGAUCCGACCAAGCCGUGGGAAUCGUCCAAUUUCGGCGUGUUCCUGCAGUCCGACUUUUGGGUCAAGGCGUACAAGCGGGCUGCUGCCCCAGCUGUGUAGGACUUGAUGAUGUCGACUGGGUGCUGAUAUGGGUGUCGUAUGGAAGCGCGAAGCACGUGGCGACUUCUAUGCUAGGAGUCUGGGAUGGAUGUGGA